GUCACCUUACUCGUGAUUUCAAAUCUCAUUGUUAUCUUGCAGCUGCAAUUCAAGAGCAAAGAGCUGCAUCAGCAACGGGAAUGGGCUCAACGGUGGGAGACUCGUCUCCUCCGGUCGAAUCACUGGGCCUCCAAAUCCAUCAUCACAUUCCUCUCGAAGUCGAUUGCAACAGCCACCCUCCGCCGGAGGCCCAACCCACAUCGCUAAUUACCGAAACAGAGUUCCGCCUCGAGCAGGACGAGGAAGCUGUCAAAGGAGGAGCUCCUCCGCCCAAUGUGGAGCAUCAGUUCAUCCCGAGCUUUCCUGGUGAGUCCGCAUUGCAUAAGGAGAACCAAACGGGUGAAGAUCGCAAGCCGACGGAGAAUCUGGCUUCGUUGUGGAAUGACGGUGAGGGAUCAGGCGGAGGAGGAGGAGGAGGAGGAGAAGAGAUCACUGUUUCUUUGGGGUUGUUGGGUGACAGUAAUGAAGGCAAUAAAAGGAAACGUUGUGAUGAUGUUGAGGUUGGAAAUGGGGAUCAAGAACUCGUCUGAAAUUAAGGAUGAGAGGAGGGGAGGGUUUUCGUUUGUGGGUUGCUGCUGAAUCCGUUUUCGAUAUGGAUUGUGUUUGUAAAGAGAAUAGGGGUGGAUCUAGCUCAAUUUUCAUGGUUUUCGUUAAUCACUACUGUGAGUUCAAAAUAUUUUUAUUUGAGUGAUGUUUGGUUUUAAUUUUUAAGGUGGAAUCCAAGAUAGAUUUGGAAGGGUAUUUUAUAUGAGGUAUGAUAUGAGUACUCAACGGUAGGAGAAAUAAUUUUUUUAAAAGCAUAUAUGUAUCUAUUUUUAUUUUUUAAUACACAUACAAUAUUUUUUUUAAAGCAGAAGGACAAAAAUGCCAAACCAAUAUAGGAGAAAUAAUUUUCCCAACCUCGAUGAACGAAGUUGUGUGGCCACGAGGAUCAAAAGAGGGGCAAAGAGAUGAACAUCUUGUACAACCGCCAGCUUCUUAGUCUUUGCAUUCGUUUCGAUCUAAUGGAAAAUCUAUGCUUUAUAUGUAUUCACCAUGUUUCAUAACGUUUUCCAAACUCUUACGAUAAAACUUUUUUUAUGGUCAAUUAAUUAAUAUUAGUCAUAUUAGGUUAUUCAUAAUUUUAAUACUAAAUCUUGUUAUUAUCAUUGUUUAUAACUGAUUUGUUAUUGUGAGAGACGAUUAUUAUUUGUUUCUUUUUGUGACCGGUCAAUUGAGAGGUUAUUGUCUAACUAUUACAAUAAAUAUGGAGGAGUAUGCAUGGUAAGCAAGAUUCAAACGUUAUGCCCUUAUUUUUCCUUUAAAAAAGAACUGAUAGAUAUUUAAUUGGUUCUUUUUUAACAAUUAGAUUUGAUUUGAUUUGCUUGAUUAUCAGAAAAACCAAACCGGUUUACUACUCUUAAUUCCAACAACAUCACAUGCAAUAGGUGCAUACUGGACAACUCUAUUUAUGAAGAUAAAAGCCCAAUAAUAAU